AAAAUGACCAACACAAAGGGCAAGAGGAGGGGCACCCGCUACAUGUUCUCUAGGCCUUUUAGAAAACAUGGAGUUGUUCCUUUGGCCACAUACACGCGAAGCUACAAGAAAGGUGAUAUUGUAGAUAUCAAGGGAAUGGGCGCCGUUCAAAAAGGAAUGCUCCACAAAUGUUACCGUGGCAAAACUGGGAGAGUCUACAAUGUUACCCAGCAUGCUGUUGGCAUCACUGUAAACAAACAAGUUAAGGGCAAGAUUCUCGCCAAGAGAAUUAAUGUGCAUAUCGAGCACAUUAAGCACUGUAAGAGCCGAGAUAGCUUCCUGAAACGGGUGAAGGAAAAUGAUCAGAAAAAGAAGGAAGCCAAAGAGAAAGGUACUUGGGUUCAACUGAAGCUCCAGCCUGCUCCGCCCAGAGAAGCACACUUCAUGAGAACCAAUGGAAAGGAGCCUGAACUGUUGGAGCCCAGUCCCUGUGAAUUCAUGGCAUGAUGGGUGUAAAGAAAAUAAAAGACCUGGACUGUAAAAAAAACAAAACAAAACACAGGGAAGAGUCUGUGAUACGGACCCUCCUAACAGCCUCUGGAGUAAAAACAAACUACCGGGAGCUGUCAAAGCGCAGCCACCUAAGUGUGUGUGAUAACAGCUGGCCGUUUACCAGGCUGGUCUUUAGAUCCACGACCCCAAAGAUUCGUAAAAUCCAGAACUUCUGCGGAACUAAAAAUCGAGGACACAGAUAAUGCCGUGGGAAUUAUUAUCCUCACUGUUACAAAGCUCACCAUCAAGAAAAGCCUAUCUGAACAAGAGUUAUCACUACUGCAUCCUGGGUGGGAUCUGGCUGCAGAGAUAUCUGGAAAUCUUUCAUCUGUGCCCAGGGCACUUGAAGGUUU